AUGCCUUUCCUAUCACAUCUAGGACUAGGAGGACUUAUUGGAUAUGAAAACUCAUGUUAAUGUGACCAGCAGCUACAUCAGGAAUACCAAAUCUCCGAGCCGUGUUCGCCUUUCUACCUUAGUGUGUUUGAACUUUGAACCCUCCAAGCAAACAGUCCCAAGCAUCUGCAUCCCAUCUCCUUGCUUUGCUCUUCACAAGCAUAUGUAGAAGAAGGCCUUAUUAAUGGGGAUGACUCCCCUCCCAGUUUUUGUCCUCCUGUUAUUGAUUUGUUUCUGCAAGUCCGAUGACCGCCUAACACCGGCAAAGCCACUCUCACCCGGUGACAAGCUCGUCUCAAAUGGUGGCAUCUUUGCUCUCGGCUUCUUCUCCCUGACAAACUCAACGGCAAACUCAUACAUCGGCAUAUGGUACCACCACAUCCCCGAGCGAACAUACGUGUGGGUCGCAAACCGCGACAACCCAAUCGCCAGCAGUUCUCAUGGUAAGUUGGUUCUGACCAAUGGAUCUAACCUUGUCUUGUCAGACUCCAAAGGCCGCACUCUCUGGACAACAACGAACAACAUCGCUGCCGAUGGCCUCAAAGCUGUUGCUAUUUUGCUCGACUCCGGGAACUUGGUCAUCAGGUCGCCGAAUGGCACAGAUAUAUGGCAGAGCUUCCAUCAUCCAACCGACACCAUGCUCCCGAAUAUGAGUUUGCCGCUGAAGAACUACACCAACUUCGCCAAUCACCUCGUCGCCUGGAGGGGCCCUGAUGACCCAUCUACGAGUAACUACUCCCUGGGUGGUGACUCGAGCCUCCAGAUCUUCGCUUGGAAUGGGACAAGACCGUACUGGCGCAGAGCUGCGUUGGAUGGUGUAUUUGUCUAUGCGGUGUAUCAGGGCAACUCUGGCCCGAUCAUGUACCAAAACAUUGAAAGCAGAGGGGAUGAUUUUUACUUGACGUACACUGUCUCCAAAGGCACUCCAAGUAUGCGCGUGUUGCUGCACUACACGGGCAUGGUGAAGCUCCUGACAUGGAACGGAAACUCGUCGUCUUGGGAUGUUUUCUCAGAGCACCCCACUCCUAACUGCGACCGCUAUGCCUCGUGUGGCCCGUUCGGCUACUGCGAUAACACUCAAGCUGUUCCGACAUGCAAGUGUCUUGAUGGGUUUGAGUCUGAUGGUCUCGACUUUUCCGUAGGAUGCUGGAGAAAGAAGGAGCUGCAUUGUAGUGAAGAAGAUAGUUUCGUCACCUUGCCUAACACGAAGACGCCUGACGAUUUUUUGUACAUUAGGAAUAGAAGCUUCGACCAAUGCACAGCAGAAUGCAGCCGGAACUGCUCAUGCACUGCAUACGCUUAUGCUAACCUGACUAGUAUCGGCAGGACUAUAGACCAGUCGAGGUGCUUAGUUUGGAUGGGGGAGCUUAUUGACACCUCGAAGCGUCGUGAUGGUCUUGGUGAGAAUCUGUACCUAAGGAUUCCCAGCUUGGCAGUCAGCAAAAAGAAGACUGGCGCGCUGAAGAUUGUACUCCCAGUCAUUGCAAGCCUACUGAUACUUGUGUGCAUGUAUCUUAUCUGGAUGCGCAAGUUGAGAGGCAGGCGCCAGAACAAGGGACACAUGGAUUUUGGGAUGCAAGGACAACUGAGCAAUUCUGAUGAAGCGUACAAUCAGAAUUCAGAAUUUCUGCGGAUUAGCUUUCCAGACAUUGUCGCUGCUACGAAUGAUUUCUCCGACUCCAAUGUGCUUGGAAAAGGUGGCUUCGGCAGAGUAUACAAGGGAAUACUGGAAGGUGGCGGAGAAGUUGCUGUUAAAAGGCUUACCAAGUGUUCUGACCAAGGAAUAGAGCAUUUUGUAAAUGAAGUAGUUCUUAUCGGAAAACUGCAACACAGAAACUUAGUUAGACUUCUUGGUUACUGUAUCCAUGGAGAUGAGAAGCUGCUGAUGUACGAGUACUUGCCCAACAAAAGCUUAGACUACUUACUGUUUGAUGAUGCUAUAAAGUCUAUGCUUGAUUGGCCAACAAGGUUUAGGAUAAUCAAAGGGAUAGCUAGAGGACUAUUAUACCUCCACGAAGAUUCAAGAAUGACUAUAAUCCAUAGAGAUCUCAAAGCAAGCAACAUCUUGUUGGAUGCGGAUAUGAGACCCAAAAUAUCAGAUUUUGGCAUGGCAAGGAUCUUUGGUGACAACCAGCAACAAGCAAAUACUAGACAUGUUGUCGGGACAUACGGUUACAUGUCACCUGAAUAUGCGAUGAAAGGUGUGUUUUCUGUCAAAUCUGAUGCCUACAGCUAUGGUGUUCUGCUACUGGAGGUCGUGAGUGGAUUAAAGAUCAGCUCACCUCAUCAUCUUAUAAUGGAUUUUCGAAACCUCAUAGAUUAUGCAUGGAACUUAUUGAAGGACGGAAACACAAGGGAUUUCCUGGACACGGUGCUUCUGAAGAGCUGUUCAUUGCAUGAAGUUUCACUGUGCAUCCACGUCGGUCUCUUGUGCGUCCAGGACAGCCCAAGUGCUAGGCCACUGAUGUCGCUCGUCGUGUCUAUGCUGGACAACGAGGUCAUGCCACUUCCAACACCGAAGCAACCUUUAUAUUUCGUUGGAAAAAAACAUGAAGCGGAAGAAGGAAGAGAUAACUCGGUUAACACCGCUAGUUUGACGACCUUGGCAGGACGCUAGAUGUUCAUCAACUUAAUCGCCUUUUUGGGGAGAAUAAAAGGACACUCCUUUUCCAUUUUUCAGCUAUUCAUUCAGCUUAUAUGCUACGCCAUCCGUCCGGGAUUAGUUGACGCUCAAACGGAUGUAUCUAGACGUACGGAGGGAGUAUGUGCCAAAAUAAAUCUAUUUGUAAGACUCUCUGGUUUUCAGUUGCUCUGCAGUUGUGCAGUUGUAUACUAGAAACUACCACUAUAAUUAAAGGUGUGUAGAACUCAUUUGAUGCUUUUA